AUGUUUUACCUCUUCAGUAUUCUUGUUAGUGUCGCCUUUGUGAAAGGUAGGUACUAUAUUGAUAAAUUUUUCGGUUUCAAAAAAAAGUAAAAAUCUGACAAUGAGCGUCGCACGUUAACCUCCCUUGAUAGUCAACACUCAAUUUUCAGCCAAUUUCCUCGAAGACGUUGGUGUUUUCUUUGAGCCCGCUACGCUGUCCAACAAAGAAAUGGCCAAGCUGGGCCUGGAAUUAUUCGACGCUCAAUGGAAAAAGCAUGGUGAAAAAUUCACCGAAGAUUUUAAAAUUCCGCCAGUCGUUGCCAAAGUUGUCAAACAAUUGGAGACACCGCUUCAAUUCGCCAGCUUAGCGCUUUGUCCACAAUGCGAAGACUUUGUUUCGGACAUUCAAACGAAAGUCCGGGGUGACCAAGACUUCCCACGAUGGGUCGCGGAGCUGACGGUAAGCUUUAUCGUAGGAGGUAUUAACGGCUUUUUUUUUUUUUUUUUUUUUGACGAUUUGCAAACAUGUCUCUUUUUUGCAAUUUUACUGCAAAUUUCAAUAAAAUUACCUUCGCCAUGUCUCUAAAAACGAUUUCGGCGACGUGCUCUGUGUAUGUUUGCUUUACCAUCACUUCCGUUGUAAUUUCAUUAAUUCCAGCUCCCUGCGGCAGUCUGCCCUCUUCUCUUCUCCAUUGAUCGUGAUCUUGUCCCAGUGUGCAUGGUUGGCGGCUUUGGUCUCAGCAUUUUCUUCGUCAACUCCGAUCCAGCCUCGGUCUGCGCGGCUAUACCACUAUGUACAUGGUCUACGGGGAGUCCUCGUUCAAGGACAACCACUGCCAGCCAUUUUACGACCACUGCCGAAACCACUGUUAGAGUGAGUUGAUGAUUUAUAACACAAACUUAAAACUGCUUUAGACCUCUGCUACAAGCGCUUCUACAAGCGCCGCCUCAACUGUAAACGAAUAG